AUGUCGGCAAGCGUGGCUAGCCCGGCGCAGCGGUUGCCUGCUCAGAGCCAGUGGAACCUGAGCACGCCUGUCUCCGGACCACAGCACAAACUGUGCAGCAGCGUUCCUAUCGUGUCGGAUGCGUAUUGGACACCCGACUUUGCUCACAUGGAAACUGCACGACGACAGAAGCCAUGGCGCUUCGACUCGCUCUUCUUCGAGUCUGUCUCAGUGUCGCUGGUGGCCACAGUGAAGAUGUUUCUUCACGGCACGCGUGGCUGCCCUGACGUGUCGCAGGGCCGCUUCAACUGGUUCGAGGUGAUGGGGCUCUUGAUUGGGCAUUUUAGCCACCGCGAGCUCAUCUUGACCGACAGCUUCAGCUUGCCUGUCGCUGCGUCGGAGGUGGAGUGCAGCAUGACGGAAGCUUCACAGAUUUACAUGGCCAACUACCUUGAAUACCACCGCCGCCUCGGCAAGGCAGAACCAGGGUGUCUUGGGUGGUACCACUCCCACCCCGGCUACUCCUGCUUUCUCUCCGGGAUCGAUGUGACGACGCAGGAGGGCAGUCAGCAGAUGCAGGAUCCCUGGGUGGCGCUGGUGAUUGAUCCAGUUAAAACGCUACAGACUGGCCAGUUCUCCAUGAAGGCGUUCCGCACGUAUCCUGAGGGGGACUUUCAAGACCAGCGUUCUCGGAGUGCUUCUCACAGCGCUGUUGAUGAAGCCAACCCUGCCGCGUCUUCCGCCAACGCCACCGCCUCUACUAUGUCUGACGAGUACGGCCUGCCGCCGUCCAACCGCUUGAAGGAGUUUGGGAUGCAUGCGCACCGAUACUACGAGCUACCCGUACGGAUAGUGCAGAGCGCGCGCGAUGCGCCACUGUGGGAGCUGCUGCAGCGACAUUUCUGGCCCCUCUCGCUCUCCCUCACCUUUCCGUUCGCGCUGUCGACAAGGAUUUGCCACUGCUGCUCUGCCGAGCUCGCCAAGGUGGUGUCCGCCCUGGGGGCACGGGCGCAGGACAUGUGCACGCGUGAGCGGUUCCCUUUGGCAUGUGAUGGCUUUUCUCGUAGAGGCAGCGUGGGCAGCACGCCGCUGCUUUAUCAGUCAGGCAAAGUCGCUGGAGGCGCCCAGACGCGCAGCGGCGGCGAUGCCAGUGCAGACGCCGACGAUGCGACAGAAAUGGAGCAACGACUUCUCGCCAUUACAGGCGAGGCACUUCGAGUCAGAGCGGAAUCCUUCUCGUUGAUCGGCGCUUCGAAUCCUGUGCACGCAGAGCUGCUUGCUGCAAUGCGUGUCGUUGCUGCAGCUGCAGGACCUGCCACAACAGACAAGGGACACAGCUGCACAUCACCAGGGGCCGCUCGCAACACGCGAAAAGAGGCGUCCUUCUCGUCUUUGUUCACGUCCGGGCGCGAUGGCCGAGUGGAGGAGGAGGAGGCGUGA